AUGGAGUCUAUCUUCGGAGGGGAGCUUGGUCUGAUGGGUGGAGGGGAAGGUUUGAGAGAAGACAGCUGUGGAGUGGGGUGGCCCACUUCCCCCCUGCAGGAGGACAUGUACCCGACGUCUCAUUUCACCCUGGUGGCGGCUUACCACGACAUCAAGACCCGACUGGCCAGCCUGGAGAGAGAAAACAGCAGCAUCAAACGGAAGCUGAAGGGCUACGAGGUCAAGUUCCCUAUGAUUAGUGAGUUUGGAGAGGAGAGGAGCAUCUGCUGCUCCUGUGAGCCUAAAGAGGCCAGUCUGUCUCAGACAGAAGCCAGCAGCCUACAGCAGAGAAUCAACAGCCUCACUCAGGAGUUGCAGAAGAGUAAGGAGCGAGAGGAGAGGUUGGAAGACGUGAUUCAGGCUUAUGAGAAAAUACAUUUGGAGAAGAGCAACGUCCAGAGGGACCUGGACAAGAUGACCACUCUCGCAGAACAACACGUUGAGCGAAUCCGAAGCCUGGAGGCUGCCCUCCGACAGAGGGACAGUUCGCUCCAGAAGAAGAGCGCUCUGAUGCACGCCGGGAAGGACAUGCCACACCUGCAGCCUCGCAGCAAAGAGAUGCAAUACCUGCAGCUGCACGCCAGCCUGGACGUCCCCUGCGGCCCCACACUUCAGAGCUCUCGUAGCCUGGACGCUCUCUCCGAUCUGAAAGUGCAGCGCCUGGAGGCGGAGCUUGAAGGUGCACGGAAUGAAGCCCAGGGGGCGUGUCAGAGGGAGGAGGAGCUGAAGGCGGAGCUUCAGCGGUUACAAGAGGAGAUCAGGCAAUUACAAGAAGCCCAAAGAGAGAUGGCCACACCCUGUGAGCACUGUGAUAUGGAGUGGAUCAAGAAAGCUGGUGAUGAGCAGGUAAAUUUGGCACUUGCCUACACAGAGUUGACAGAGGAGCUGGGCCGUGUGCGUUGUCUGGUAGCCAAACAGAAUGAGAUCCUCAGACAGACAACGCAAGAGCAGAAAAGUCCUGGUCAGUUACACACACACACACAUACAUUCAUACACACACGGAUACACACACACACACACACACAGACAUACACACAUUCUCCCACAGUUCCACGCCAUUCUCCUGCACCUCAGCGUCGUUCUCCCAGCUCUCCACGCCCCUCCCCUGACCGCCUCCGUCCCUCCUCCCCUCUCUCUCCCCCCUCUGGUCCCGCCUCCUACUCCAGCCGACCCUCCAGCCACCGCCUGCGCGCUCGCUUCCAGGGUCGCCGUAGUUACUCCGAAAUGGCCGACCCCUCCGCCCACCAGCAUCCCCCUCACCGUCUCCUCCGCGACCCGGUCUCCACCCUGCCGAAGCCCCGUCCCGUCGGCGACGGUUACCCGCGGCAACAGCAGCAGCGGGCUCCGCCCAACAGCCCGCGUCCGGCCUCCGCUCACGGCGGCGGCAUGGGCGGAGCCGUGAGCGGGAGCCCCUGCCACGCCUUAGAGUUGGGUUUCCCGUUGGCUGAGAUGCACCACCUGUGCCACCUGGAGGACCCCCCGACGCCAGCCCCCCUGGUCACGCCCCCGCAGUCCUCGGACGACGAGGAAGAGGAGUGGCCGUGUCCCAGCCCCGCCCACAGUCCGCCCAGAACGCUGGGAGUGACUCCGCCCAGACCACCUUUCCCAGCUCCAGAUGCUCCCAGUACACUGGCGUGUCCCCUGCCUGGCUACUUAAACGCCGAACAUGCACAGUCUUGGCCUUCCAUUAGUCUGUGGAUGGAGUCGGAGGACAGCGAUGCUCGGAGCUGCCCUCUGUGUCAGUUAACCUUCCCCACCAGUUACCCUGACGACGCUUUGAUCAAACACAUCGACACUCACCUGGAGAACAGCAAGAUCUGA